AUGGUGCUUCCUCGCAGUGUCGAGGCUGUUCUUGCAGUCUUCAGCCCCAGCAGCAGCAGCCGGCAGCCGUCAGUUUCCCCGCCGGCGCAGUCAGCGUCUGCGUCCCACCCGCCCACCCCUGCCACCAUCACUCUCUCGAUCUCCUACCCCGCCACUCCUCUCCCCGUGCUCCCGCCGCUUACGCGUUAUGAUCCGGUUGCGUUUGCACGCGGGAUGCAGGCGCUACAGGGCACGCCCCUCGGCCGGCUACUCAACGCCACACCCGAUAUUGUCGUGGACGGCGUUCCUCGUCGCAUAGUGUCCAGUAAGCCGCCCAGCAGUCCCGCGACGCAGGGUGCAAUGGGGCAGUCCGCAUCCCCCGUACCUCUCAUGCAGCUGCCGUCGCGUUUCGCCGGCAAUAUAGGCGCCAGCAGCGGUCCCCGCGCGAGCGGGCCAGUCAAGCCACGUCCCCUCGUGCCGUCGCCUGCCGCUAUCGCCUCCGCCAUCGCCGCAAACGCUGCUGCGCCAUGCAGUGCCCGCAAAGCCGAGCUCUUCACCCUGCCUUCCGCUUCCCCAGCUGCUCCCGCGCCCGCGUCCGCUUGCUUCCCCCCUUCUGCCGCUCCCCCCACCCUCUUGACCUGCCCAAUCGUCCUUCCUCGCAUCAGUACUAACGGCGCACCGGCGCCGAUCCGCGACACUGAUGCCGGCGCACGAGCGGCCUGCGCGGCAUUCGAUCCCCUAGUGGAGUGCGAGGAGAGUCUCGAUAGCUUAUCAGAUCCGUCGAAUCUGACCUCCCCCACCGCCACUAGCGCGUGCAGCAGGGGCGGCUGCGACGCCGAGGAGAGCGGCGCGAAGGACGCGAUGUCGUCCGUUGCCCUGCCACGUGGCAGCAGCAGCGGCAGCGGGGGGCGGUGGGGCCGCAACCGGUCCGUCACGAGCAAGCAAACGGCGGCCGGCAGGAGACGGCAGGUUAACUGCAAAUCAUCCGGCGCCGUCAAGGUUGACGGAGGCGCGAGCGCGGGCGCGGUUGGGACGGACGGAACGGGGGCGUGCGUGGUAACGACAUCAGGGCAACGCCCGCUUCACACGCUGCACCCGGCGCCUGCUCCCCCCGCGACUGCUGUCGCUCGCCUCCUCCUUCACUCCGCCUCCGCCCGCUCCACCAGCGCCAAUCCCGCCGCCGCCGCCGCCGCCGCGGCAGCCAUUGCUGCGGCUGCGGGUUUCGCGUUUGCUCCGCAGGAGCGCGGCGCUGCAGGUGCAGAUGGGGGAGUAGAAGCAGCGGCGCAGAUGGCCGUUGCGCAACAGGGGCAAUGGCGCGGAAACGGCGGAAACAACAGCGCGACGCAGCUCAUGGUUCUCCCGCGAAUGGGCGUUUCGCCGCAACAACCGCUUCUCUCCCUCUCCCUGCCGCCGCCGACCGCGCGGAAUCAGGGCUUCAUGUGGCAGGCUCCACGACCGAUGUAUGCGGAGGCGGCUCUUGCGGCGCCAGCCGCGGCGUGGAACGCGGUUGGAGAAGCGGCAAUCGCCUCCAAUAGCAUGGAAGCGCUCCCAGACACGCAGCUGACUCUCGGGCGCUCCCCGCUCCCUCCCGUGCCGGCCGCUGGCGCUGCUGCGCACGUGCUGGUUGGCUCCGGUGACUUCUCCGAACCUCCUCGUGCCCAGCCUCACGCGCUGGUCGGGCCGAGCCUCGCGCCGGAGCAGUCAGCCUCGGUGUCGUCGUCCGCGUCGACGACGGUGGUGACUCGCACAGAGUCGCAAGGAUGGAGCGACGAGACGGGCGACGAUGACGAGGAGGAGUGGAGGGAGGGCGACGGGGAGGAGGCGGAGAGCGAGCAGUGCGGGGGAGACGACGGGCGCGGGAAUGGGGAGGUGAUGGGGGGGCAUGCGGAGGCGGAAGGGGAACCCGAUGGCGCUCACGCGCUCGUGUCCGCCGCAACCCCCGCGUCUGUUACCGCUCACCCUGCUUUGCUCGCCGCCAACACCUCCGGCGUCAUCGCGCCUCGAGCGUCGCGACUCGUCGGAUCGCACAUCACGAUCAACGGCCUGCGUGCCUCGACCGAAACCAGCCAAUCACCAUCCGUCGGCGGAGCAAUCCGAUUGGUCGGGUCUGCGGCAGCAGCGACGGCAUCAGCGGAGCAGCUGAGAGAGAGCAUGGAGCAAUCAGCCGUGCCCGCGGUGUUUGCAAGCCUAUCAUCACGCAGUGAGCACUCCAGCAUGAAGGCGCUGUGGGCGAACGGUGCAUUUCACCGCCUCGUGGGGCUCCCCUGCUGCUCCUGGCUGCUCUCCCUCGGUGCCGCCUCGCUCCCCACUGUCACUCUUGAUGGGAGCACGGUGGGCUUGGGGGUGGAGGGAGUGAUGGGGGGUUGCCCUGCUGUGGUUGAAGGGGGGGUGCGGGUGCGGUGGCAGGGGCGGGAAGGGGGGCGAAGUGGGGAGAAUGGGGAGGGGGAGGCCAUGGGUGUGGCUGUGGGGAGGAGGGUGGAGGAUUGUGAAGGGGUGGUUAUUGGGUACCUUUGGCAGUUGAAGCUGGGAGGGGAGGGUGUAUAUGAGGCGAUGAGAGUUGGUGCGAAUGUGACUGCAGCAUGUGUGGGUGAAGGAGGGAAGGGAGAGGAGGGGAAGGGGAGGGAGGAGGGCGCUGAGGACGAGGAUGCAAUGGCAGCAGAGUCGCUGCUGCUCUUCACUGGAGGCAUCGUGGCGUGA